UGCAUUAGACAAACUUCAAAAGAAAAAAAAAAUUAAGAGGGCUUUUGGGAGAGAACCAGUUAACCUGUACCAUACUAAGAAUUGGUUUGUUCCGACUUAAAACUCUGAUUUUGAUUUGGGUGAAUGCCAGUUUUGAAACACUCUGAUUCAUGCGUCUAUGUUUUUUUUCCUGCUUAUUUGCACCAGCAACCUGGCAGUACAACGACCACCUCUAAGAGACCGAACCAAAACCAUAAUCUGUCUCCUCACACGAUGCACCUCUCUCUCCCUCUCUCACCUCCUCCAAAUCCAAGCCCAACUCAUCACCCACUCUCUCCACCGCACCCACAACUUCAUUGCUGUCAAAUUUAUCUCUCUCCUCUCCUCCCUUUCUCUCUCUAACCUCCCCCACGCCCAUCUCACUUUCUCUCUCCUCUCUCACCCCAACCUCUUCUCUUGGAACUGCAUCCUCCAUGCCCACGCCCACCACUCCCAAUGGCUUACCACCCUCCAAAUUUUUCGAGCUAUGAGAGAGCAAGGCCCGAGCCCAGAUCCCUGCACGCUGACCUCUCUCCUCAAGGCUUGCUCGGGCCUUAGGGCCUCCCGUCAAGGCCGAGCCCUUCAUGGCUAUGCUGUCAAGCUCAAUUUCCUGAGCAAUCUCUUUGUUUCCAAUUCUCUGAUGGAUAUGUACUUUAAGACUGAUGAGCCCAAAUGUGCACUUCAAAUGUUUGAGGGAAUGGCGGAGAGAGACAUUGUGUUGUACAAUACAGUGGUCUCGGGCUAUGCUACCUGCGGUGAUGUAAGCACGGCGCGCACGAUUUUUGAUGCGAUGCCUGAGAAGAGCUCUAUUUCGUGGUGCGCUAUGAUAGCGGGCUAUUGCAGGUGCCAUGACCCAGACGCUGCUCGGCAGGUAUUCGAGGCAGCCCCAUAUCGCACCCUCGAGUGUUGGAAUGCCAUGAUUGCAGGCUAUGCACAGAAUGGCUGCUUCACGGAGGCUGUGACCCUCUUUCGCCGCUUGCUUCACGAGUCGCACAUUAUGCCGUGUGGUGUCACACUCGUGAGUGCACUUUCUGCAUGUGCUCAUCUUGGCGCCCUAGGCCUGGGUAAGUGGAUCCACCACUACAUAAACAAACACGAAAUGGCUAUUGAUCUCUUCUUGGGCAAUGCCCUUAUGGAUAUGUAUGCAAAGUGUGGGUGCAUUGGGGAAGCCGAACAACUAUUCGACCGGAUGAGAGUAAGCGAUGUGGUCUCAUGGAGCAUACUCAUAAGUGGGCUGGCAACACAUGGCCAUGCAAUUCAAGCACUGGUGCGCUUUGAUGAGAUGCGAAAGCAAGGAGUGAAAGCAAAUGGGGUCACACUCAUGGGUGUUCUCUCGGCUUGUACACAUGCUGGGCUUGUAGAAAAAGGGCUAAUGUAUUUCAACACCAUGGGCUCUGAGCUUGGGCUCGAGCCCACAAUUGAGCACUAUGGGUGCAUAGUGGACCUAUUGAGCAGAGCUGGUCGGUUAGAAGAGGCAGAAGAGCUCAUAUGCUCGAUGCCUAUCAAGCCCAACGUCAUAGUAUGGGGUGCACUCUUAGGUGGGUGUAGGAUCCAUAGGGACACCGAGAGAGGUGAGCGUGUCGUUAAGCGAAUCCUCUCUCUAGAUUCAGAGCACUCGGGGAGCUAUGUCUAUCUGUCAAACCUUUAUGCAGCGACGGGGAGGUUGGACGAGGCGGCGAAUUGGAGACUCAGAAUGAGAGAGAAAGGGGUGGUGAAAACACCUGGUUGCAGUUGGAUAGAGGUGGACAACAUGGUGCAUGAGUUCUUUAUGGGUGAUCGAUCCCAUCCUGAUUCAGGUCGAAUCUAUGAAAUGGUGAAUGACCUUGGAGUGAGAUUGAGGCUCAUGGGUUAUGUCCCAAACACUGAGAUGGCGUCUCACCAUAGCAUUGAUGAGGAGGAUAAAGAAAGUACACUAAUGUUUCACAGUGAGAAGCUUGCGAUUGCAUUCGGGCUCAUUGCCACCAGCGAGGGGACAACAAUAAGGAUUGUGAAGAAUUUGAGGGUGUGUGGGGAUUGUCAUGAAGCUACAAAACUCAUAUCUGCAAUAGUUAGGCGAGAGAUUAUUGUAAGGGAUCGCAGCCGUUUCCACCAUUUUAGCGAGGGAAAGUGUUCUUGCAAUGAUUACUGGUAGAACUAGAUGAUCUCUCUCUCAGCCACUCGAUUUCAAAAUUUGGGAGAAAUGGGCGCAAAAUUUUUCUCA